ACCGCUCCAGACAGGACCCACUGACACCUAUCAACUGAUUCCAACUCUAAUUCGGAAAACGCUGCUAUUUAACCUAGCAUACUCAUAGUUCAGCAGGUGAUUAUCAACAACUUGCAAGUUAACUUUAGGCAUAUACUCGGUAAGUUAGUCUACUUUAAAAAAACAUUUUUUUUUUUUUUUUACAAAAGGAAAUAAGUUGUGCUGCAUAAGAAAAAAAGGAGGCUAUCCUUUUCAGUAUCAGUCAGCAGCUUUACCAAACUAUCUGACUUUCUUUGUUCAACUUUUGAGGGGUCUCUCCAUCGUUUGACUUUAUUCACCAUGCAACAACAUAGGAUGUACCCCGAAAGGAAGGCAUUUUUGUGAAUUAGUUUGAGAACGUUUGAACAGGAGUAUUGCGUUAAUAAAGGUGAUUCUGCUCUGCGUUAACCGAGGCCACUAGUCUACCUGUCACCUAAUUCUUUCAGCCAAACACUCCCACCCCGGUCCCCUCGUGCUGUCUUUCCGUGGGUCGCCUGCCUCGCCCGCUAACCGUGAUGGCGUGCGGUUGGAGUCCGGGAGCUGUCACGGUUUGGAGAACUACCGUUUUCCUGCUCAACAUCGCGUGCACAGCGUCGGCCAAGAGACACGUCGUCUACUGGAACUCCACCAACUCUAGGUUGACGGGAGGGGAUCUGUCCAUCCAGGUGAAUCUGAAUGACUACCUGGAUAUCUACUGCCCCCACUACCCUCACCCGUCUCCUCCCAGUGAGGAGGCCUACCUCCAGGCCCCACCAGACAGCCUAGCCCUGUACCUGGUGGCUGAGGGGGGGUUCAGGGGCUGUGUGGAGACCCAGGGGGCCAUCAAGAGGUGGGAGUGUAACAGCCCCCAUGCCGCCUUCGGCCCUGUCCGCUUCUCAGAGAAGAUCCAGCGCUUCACCCCCUUCUCUCUGGGCUUCGAGUUCCUCCCCGGACACCACUACUACUACAGCUCAUUGCCUACAGGGGAAAGCUCCCCGCUGCCCUGCAUGAAGCUGCGAGUCACAGUGUGCUGUGAGCCCACAACCAAAGGGUCCAAGCAGAACAAGCAGGAACAAGGUACUCCAGCUCUUCACAGUGAUGUGUGUUCAAUGAGGACAGUUCCUCUUUCUCUCCUCCUCCUCAUCCCACUCUUGAACUUCCUCUAUCUAACAUCCCUCUCUUCAAGCUGACCUCCUGAGUAUCUACCAUGCCCACUGUAGAUGGCCUGCCUCACCCACUCAGUCCCUACUUUAAACUAUCCACACCUCAUAGGGAGACCAAGUCUUCAAUUCAGACCCUAAAAUAACUGCAAUAGGGUAGACGUCUACACACCAACACAUCACCUCUGUCUUUUCUGGAGUGGCACUAAUCUUUCUCUUCUUGGUCUCCUCUUUUCUCUCUGUCCACUCUCUCCUCUCGUUCCCCCUCUUCCAUCUCUCGCUCCUGACUAAAGCUCCCUCUGAAACAGACUGAUUCUAAUCUACCAUCAAAGCUCUCAUUCUUCAUGUCACACCUUUAUCCACUCCAUCCUGUCGACUCUCUCUUCCUCUCUUUCUCUGUCUCUGUGUGUGUGUGAACAUAAUGAGCCAGCUGAGCCAAAGUGGACCAUCCAGACGUUGUUCUGUUAAAUGACUACGGAGAGGACCAGACUUGACUGCUUCUGAACGGAACCAUGUUUUUGAGUUGACGUCAUUAUUUUUUAGACGAAAAACAACUAUUUUUUUGUAUCCAAAGUGGGACCAACUGUUAAACACAGGAACACCAAACGUUGACCAAACUUUAUUAAAACAGUUCACCAUUGACGACACUGCCUAAACCAGGAUAUGCUGUGUGAGUGGAACCCUGGGAAUGAUGAACUAGAAUAUUGUGACUGUUCUGCUAUGCCCUCUACUGGGAUCAUACUGGUUAGACUGGUCCAACUGUUCUGUAACACCUGACACUCUGGGAUUGGAGAAUAGACCCUGCUACUCUGUGGUCUUCAUCUGACCAUAUCUGGAAUUAACUGGACUGUGUGUGGUGGUUUACCUCUGUCUUUAAAGGACCUGUUUACAGGUCUAGAUUAACUCUGAUUGCUGUUGUUUAGAGUGCUAUCAAGAAUAACUAAAGCACUUAACUACAGGGUAACCUGUACUAUUCUUUAAGUUAUAAAACAUACAUUUUUAUCAUCUUUUCAUUAAACAAAUAGCAUUAAAAAAUGCCAUUUUAUUAUCAAAGCAAUUUUAAUUAAUUUUAUUUUGAUUGUCAUAUCUUUUAUCUGUUGGUUAGAUAUGACAUUUUUGAAUGUAUUACUUCAAUCCAAUUUCAUGUUCCAUUCACAAAAGUAAUAUAUCACUAAAUUGCAUUUACAGUAGAAGUGUGUUACAAAUAUCACAAACCUAAUAAAUAUACAUGUUUUCUUUUCAAAAGUGAGAGAUUAACCUGAAAUUAUUCUUAUUAAUUUAAUCUCACAAAAACGAGUAUAUUUAAUGAAAUUAAUAAUUCUGAUAAAUUGCUUAUCUUAAUCCAACAUAAUUAAUCAUUCUUAAAUACAGGCUAUUCGGGGAUGCAGUUUUUUCCACAUUCUAAUGUUGUCUUUGGUCACAACAUUUAGAAAAAAAUGUUUUAUUUCAGAAUAAAUAUGUUGACUAUUAGUUAUGCCUGUAAGCACUUACUCAUGAAGAGGAGUCUGUAGUAUUACUUUACUCACACAUUUGGAUAACAUGCUUCAAUGAGAGUUAAAUAUUUAGUUCUAGUCUACACAGGUUAUUCAGGAAUAUAAUGAUUAUUCCAGGGGUUUAAACACUCAUGUCUGGAACCUUGUUGUAUAAAGCUGGUGCUCCCAGAUUUAGUUUUUUUUGUUUUCACAUUUUAGUGAAGUAUGUAGCAUCUUCUAUGAAGAGCGAACUGCAAACUGAGCCCUUUUAUACAAGGUGAGACGACAAAAUAAAGAUGAUUGCAAUAAGA